CGACGACAGCUCUUUUCCACACCUCAACAACAAAAACUGCUUUCCAUUCUUCGAAACCAGAUCGGAACAUUUCAGAAUGGCUCUUUCACAAGCGGCUGGAAAUUCUGGCAAUGCAGCCUUCAAGGACAAGGAGAAGCCGAUGGCUGUUCGGGCUGCGAAUAUUCAAGCUGCCAGAGCUCUCGCAGAUGCUGUCAGAACGAGUUUAGGCCCCAGAGGCAUGGACAAAAUGAUCAUGUCUGGGAAGGGCGAGACAAUAAUCACGAAUGACGGAUCUACGAUGUUGAAGAGCAUGGCGGUCUUGCACCCUUCGGCCAAGAUGUUGGUGGAUUUAUCAGCGGCGCAAGAUGUUGAAGCGGGAGACGGAACAACCUCAGUAGUGGUGCUGUGUGGAAGUUUAUUGGGAGCAGCGGACAAGCUUCUCGGAAAGGGUAUUCAUCCAUCAGUCAUCGCUGAGGCUUUCCAAAGAGCAGCAGGAGCAGCCGUUAAAAUUCUACACGACAUGUCACAUCCCGUCUCUCUCACAGACACCUCAACCCUCUUACAAGCCGCAACUACCUCCCUCUCCUCGAAAAUCGUCUCACAACAUUCAGGCCUCCUUGCUCCUAUGGCAGUCAACGCUGUGAUCAAGACCAUCGACAUCAAGACCGCAGACAACGUAGACCUAAAGAACAUCCGAAUCCUGAAGAAAGUCGGCGGGACAAUUGAAGAUAGCGAGAUGGUAGAGGGCCUAGUAAUGAAUCAACAAGUUCUCAAGAACGGCGGCGGUCCUGUCAGAAUGGAGAAAGCCAGGAUCGGUCUCAUCCAAUUCCAGCUCUCACCACCUAAGCCCGACAUGGAAAACUCAAUCGUGGUAAACGACUACCGCCAGAUGGACAAGAUCCUCAAGGAAGAACGCACCUACCUCCUGAACAUGGUAAAAAAGAUCAAGAAAGCAAAAUGCAACGUUCUCUUCAUUCAAAAGUCAAUCCUGCGCGACGCCGUCAACGACCUCUCCCUCCACUUCCUCGCAAAGCUCAACAUUCUCUGCAUCAAAGAUAUCGAGCGGGACGAAGUAGAAUUCAUUUGCAAAUCCACAGGCUGCAAGCCAAUCGCAGACAUCGACUCCUUCACCGAGGACAAACUCGGUUCCGCCGACCUGAUCGAGGAAGUGCAAAGCAGUGGAAGCAGAAUUGUCAAGGUAACAGGCACGAAGAGCGCUGGCAAGACUGUGUCUAUCGUGUGCCGUGGUGCCAACGCCAUGAUUCUUGAGGAAGCAGAGCGCUCGCUCCACGACGCCCUCUGCGUGAUCCGGUGUCUCGUAAAGAAGAAAGCCCUCAUCGCCGGCGGCGGCGCUCCAGAAAUUGAGAUCGCGUCUCAACUGUCGAAACAGGCACGAGCACUCACUGGCACCGAGGCAAUCUGCUGGAAGGCCUUCGCGGACGCCAUGGAAGUGAUCCCUACAACUCUGGCGGAGAACGCGGGCUUAAAUUCUAUCAAAGUGGUCACGGAGCUGAGGCAUAAGCAUGAGUUUGGUGAGAAGAAUGCGGGGGUGAGUAUCAAGAGUGGGGGUGUGAAGGUUGAUAUUGCAGAGGAGAAUGUUCUGCAGCCUCUACUCGUAAGCACGAGUGCAGUCGAAUUGGCCAGUGAGACUGUGAAAAUGAUAUUAAGAAUUGACGAUAUUGCGCUCUCGAGAUAGACGGGUGGGAUCGCGUAUGGCUCAUGAUGAUUGUAGAAUACCUUAUGUAGCAAUAUCAAGUCAUGGAAGAAUGCCCCACCAGCUGCGACCUCCUUUGCUCUCCCUUUCUGACUCCUGAGUUCCUGAUCUUACCUCUCCCUCGUUCUCUGACUUUUCU